AAUACCACGUGCAGAUGUGUGGAGGUCGAAGGAUGAGAGGUUGUGGGUCACAGCGUGCUAAGCGGCACAAGCCGGGUGAGUGAAUGUGGUUGCUUGGCCUGACUGGUCGCUGUUACUGAUCACUGACUCAAAGAACUGCACAGACUGGGACCGGCAGGGAUAUUGACACGGCGCCAGAUUGAUAUCCAAAUCGCCAGAUAUGUCGUAUUGCAAGCAGGAAGGUAAAGAUCGAAUCAUUUUUGUGACCAAAGAGGAUCAUGAAGCACCCAGUAAUGCUGAGCUGAUUGCCGAAGACCCUAAUGACCCCUAUGAGGACCAUGGCCUGAUCCUGCCCAGCGGGGAGAUUAACUGGAACUGCCCGUGCUUGGGUGGCAUGGCCAGUGGGCCCUGUGGAGAACAGUUCAAAGCAGCCUUUUCCUGCUUCCACUACAGCACAGAGGAGGUGAAAGGGUCGGACUGUGUGGACAGGUUCCGAGGCAUGCAGGAGUGUAUGCAGAGGUACCCCGAGUUGUACCCUCAGGAGGAUGACAAUGAAAGUGUCCCCCCACAAGGCGGGGAUGAGGGCGGGGUGGCCGAAGCCACGCCCUCCACUGAUAACUCUAACCCUUCUCUGACCUCUGGACCCAGUUCGGCCCCCUUUUCAGAAGAUGUACCUUCCACAGACAGCAAGGCCUCCAGCUAAUACCCAAGCACUCCUCUCUGUUAAGUCCUUCGCCUACUUGUGCACCCCCUUGCAACCUGACUUUUUUGUACACACAGAUGUGUAUCAGUGCUAAAGCCCUCUGACUCUUCUGGGUGCUUUUUUGUUCCACAUUUUAAGAGUGUGAGAAGAAGAAAGACGAGGACCCAACAUGUUAGGAGAGCAUUUCCUCUGUUUCUGUCUCUCUGUCAGAGAAAUUCAAACAUAGGCCUGGGGAGGAAAUAAAACGCACACAAACGGUGCUUACUGAGAUUACUGUGCGCCUUGGGUUCCUGUAGGCUUGGGCUGCUAGAAGGGAGGAGGGGAAGGGAAGAGCCAUGUUGGGGAAGUCAGUGGCACUUGCAGUAAAAUUGUAGUGGUUUCGGCCAAUUUUUGGUUAAUUUUCCCGUUUCUGGUGGGCUAAAGAGAUUGGCCUUGCGUGGUCCUUGGCUUUCCUGAAGCCAAGUGGCAGUCAGUAUCGACUGGUUGCCGACCUGUUUCCAGUUGUGUUUAUAUCACACAUGCAGUACUGCAGCUGUCACUCUGGUCACAUGAAAGUUACUGGUCUUUACACUGAAUGUUUGAGUGUGCGUACUUGUGCAUCAUGAGGGGUGGCAUGAGAUUGGUCUGCUGUGGGGACUCGCACCUGUCCAGGGGGAGUGAAGGGUAUUCUAUACUAAUUGGUCUAAUGCUGUGCACCAGGAAAAGAGAGCCUUUAAUCUGACAUCAGAGACCCAAGUGCUUCUCACAUUUUAUUGUAUAUUUAAAAAUAUAAUACUUUUCUCCUAAA